AUGUCUCAUCCAGAGCUGCUUCCUAAGGCGCUCGAUGUGCUGUUCGAGGCAUUGUGGACUGAGCCGAACGAGUCUGACCUGCCGGAUCCCAAGGUCUUUGCGCAGGUGUUGAGGAAGGUGUUGCCAGAGGAGGUGGUCAAGGAUGGAAUGGAGAAGAUGGGUUCGGCGGAGGUGAAGAGUGAGCUUAUGCGGUGUUCUAACCAAGCGUUUGAAAACGGCGCGUUCGGGCUUCCAUGGUUCCAUUGUACGGAUUUUGAGGGUAGGGUGGAAGGGUUCUGGGGCUUUGAUCACCUUGGUCAGGUAGUUAGAUUCCUGGGUUUGGAUGGGAAUUUGGAUCAGAGGGGAUCGCUUAGAGCGGUGCUGUGA